AUGUGCACUCGACAACGCUCAGAUGGGCACUUGUCCGCGAAUGUCGACUUCAAAAGAACUCCAAUACUCAACUUUUUACAAGCGCAAAAUCACAUUUCCCAAAUAAGUGGAAUCUCCAAUUUUGCCAGCUCCGGAUACGUCUCAUACGACGCUCAAUCCAAGAUCAUCAAAAGAAGCCCUGCCAUUUGUGCAGCCCUUGACGGCAUCUACUCCGGACAUUUUACCUUCCCGAUUCGGUAUAUUGUAUGGGCAUUUUUCGGAGCCUUUGCAAUCUGGUCUGGCAUAUCAGGAAUUGCUGGUUCCGCAACUGGGCAGUUAAAACCUCGUGAUGCAAUUGUGAACGGCACAAAUAGCUCCUGGGAAAGCUUUGCAAUCGUCGAGGUCAUGUAUCCAAGUGCUGCCCACUUUAUAUAUAGACACGACUGGAUAGGCCUGCUCAUUCAGAUUGUGACACAGUCAUUUAUUGUCCUUGGUCUACACUGCAUUGAGCUUAUCACCAAUAUCUCCCGGGACGAAUCUUGCUGGCGAAAGGCAGCAGCCGUUGGCGUGGAAAUGAAGGGAAGCGCAACAACGACAUUUACGACUAGUUGGCAAAGUAUGACGUGUAAGAUCUUGAAGUCAAUCACACAAUGGGUAUUUGGAAAAGCUUUUACCGCCGAUAUUUCGGUGAUCAUGUCCCUAUUUCUACUCGUAACGAUGACCGAUCUUUUUCUUCUGUCGUAUAUUUUUACGGAAUAUCUGAUCAGGCGCAAGCCUAAGGGAUAUCAGCCUGUCACCUACGGCGAUAUUUGCAGACUGGCUCGAUACAUUGACGAAUGGGAUGAGACGCGUAUUUUCUGGGGUGAUAAGGGUGAAAUUGGCAAUGGAACACGUCGUGCAGGAACAGCGGGUCAUCGCUUAUGUGAUAUUCAGCCAGAUACUCUAUAUAUUGGCCUUGCUUGA